UUGUUGGGGGGAGGGGGUCCGCCAGGGACGCCCUGCCGCUGCCCUUUGUCCCCCACACCCCCCCACACACACACGGGGCCACUCCAGAUGCGCCACCGCUGCCCGGCGCCCCUCCCGUCCCACGCGCCCCGGGGCCUCGCCGAGGGAGAGCCAAUGGCAGGGUGCCCCGUCCUCAGGGUCCCCACGCUGUUCCUGAUCCUCCUGCUGUUUCCAGAGCUCCACACGGCAGGCACCCUUGCAUCUGGAUCCUCUGCCCGGAACCUGCCGGAGACCCACUCCCACCUCCCCAGCUCUGCACUGUGGGUGUCCCAGGCAAGCCAUCAUGGCCGUCGGGGCCUGGGGAAGAAAGACAGGGGCCCAGGAAGGCCUAGCCGGGCCCAGGAGGGGGCUGUGGUCACUGCUACCAAGCAGGCUUCCCAGAUGACACUCGGACAGCCCCCUGCUGGCCUUCUGCAGAAUAAGGAGCUGCUUCUGGGGCUGACUUUGCCCUACCCCGAGAAGGAGGCCCGGUCUCCCGCUUGGGAGAGGGUGAAGAAACGUGGCAGAGAACACAAGAGACGCAGGGACCGUCUGCGACUGCACCGAGGCCGAGCUGCCAUCCGUGGCCCCAGCUCCCUCAUGAAGAAGGUGGAACCCUCUGAAGACCGGAUGCUGGAGGGUACCAUGGAGGAGUCUUCCACUAGCCUGGCCCCCACCAUGUUCUUCCUGACCAUGACAGACGGUGCCACGCCUACUACAGAAGAGUCCCGGAUCCUGCCUGUCACGUCCUUGCGGCCCCAGACACAGCCCAGGUCUGACGGGGAGGUGAUGCCCACACUGGACAUGGCCUUAUUUGACUGGACGGAUUAUGAAGACUUAAAGCCAGAGGUCUGGCCUUCUGCAAAGAAGAAAGAGAAACACUGGAGUCAUUUUACCAGUGAUGGUAACGAGACCUCGCCAGCUGAGGGGGAUCCGUGUGACCAUCACCAGGAUUGCUUGCCAGGAACUUGCUGUGACCUCCGGGAACAUCUCUGCACACCCCACAACCGCGGCCUCAACAACAAAUGUUUCGACGACUGCAUGUGCAUGGAAGGGCUGCGUUGCUAUGCCAAAUUCCACCGGAACCGCAGGGUCACUCGGAGGAAGGGGCGCUGCGUGGAACCGGAGACAGCCAACGGGGACCAGGGAUCUUUCAUCAACAUCUAGUGCCCUAGUGGUGCCUCCCCACCGGCCCGGGGUCUGAGCCAGGGAGGUUUAGGACAAACAGGACCGUGUUAGUAACUAGCUCAGCUUGGGCUGAGUAGGGAACCAAUGGCUGAGGCAGCAGGUGUACGCCCAGUACACUCAACCACAAGCUGGAGAGCGGUUUAGCAGAGAGCAGUGCGCCAGAGCCCGCCCGCCCGCAGUCCGGGGUGGGACCCCCACCUGCUCCCUGAUUCUGCUCGACUCGGCGGUGGCUUUGUGUAGCGCACCCUCUUCUGCUCGACACCAGCAUUGCAGCAGUUUCAAUUGGCGAAAACAAGAGGCUUCCUUGACUGAAAAGGGUUGGAAAGAGAGGGGACAACUGACAGUCCUGGAUCUGGAAUGCUAUGUCGCAGGCAAACGCCAAGCGCCACAUGUAUUUUUACUGAAUUUCCACAGAGACCGUGGUAAGAGACCACUGACCCGCACCUGAGGUGCGCGAUCCCACGUUCAGAGUCCCACGUCAUCCAUGAUCCUCCAGUUUUGGCCACAGAGACUAGACUUGACCUGUUCUCAGGCUUUUCCCAAGAGAGACUUAUGUCUUUUUUGAUGGACUGAGUCUCACUCUUUGGCCAAGCUGGCAACUCAGACAAUCCUCCUGCCUCAGUCUUCCAAAUGCUGGAAUUAUAGGCAUGGGUCAGCAUAUUUGGCAGGUGUAUCUUCCUUAAAAACAAGACAUUAGGGCUGGGGAUGUGGCUACGUUUGUAACAUGCUUGCCUGGAAUGCAUGAAUCCUGCCCAGGCUGGACUUCUUCUGAUUAGUGAGUGUGAGGCCAGACCACAGCAGACUGCAUCUCAAGCAAAACAAAGUAAGCUGUUUGCCUCACCUGCGCGAGGCCCUGGGCUUGCUCCCAUUCCGUUUCCCCCUCCUCCCACUUCUUUCCCUCAGCUCCUACACAGGGCACCUGUUUUCAAGUGAAGAAUAAUCCCCAUGGCUGGGUCCUUGCAUGUGACAGGUGCUAAUCAUCAUCAUGAAUAGGAGAAACAGUAACGUUGCUCUGCUCCUAUGCUUAUCCAUAGCCCAGAUCAUCCAGUCCUGAGACGCCACGUCACUCCCUCCUCAGUGGUCCUCAGUCUCUGCUCUGCUGCAAAGGCAUGCACACACGUCCCCACAUGCUCGCCAGACAUACUGUGUAAUGACUCUCACCCUCCAUCCCUGACACUCCAUCCUUCACAUCAGCAGCGAUGCCCCCUUGGAAAGUGGGGCCACCUCUGAGUCUGGGGUACAGCGUGAAGCACCCCUACAGGCUAGAACCGUGACGACAAGCCCACGCUUACCGGCACUACUCAGGACAUGUCUCAGCGGAUCUGAGAUCCCUGCGCCUGGCAUCUCCGUCCUGAUCAACUUUUGCGAAGGACAAAAGCCUUCCCAGGACAAGCCCUCCCCAGCCUGGACCUCACCCGUGGGAUGCCAGGGCUGUUUACUGCUUUGGGAUAACCAGUCUGGUCCAGGGUCAGGCUCCAAGGAAAGCUGGCAGAUCGAGAAGAAAUCAAAUAUGCUUGUUCUUCUUUCCAAGCUGGGUCUGAUAGGCCUGGGGAGUGGGCGGGGUGGGGGCGGGGCCAGGAGUCGGAAGGAUCAAGGCCAAGGUGGGAAAGCAAGUCCUAAUACAGAUUUCUUUUCCUUUUUUGUAGUACCAGAGCCUUGCACGGUCCAGGCAAGUGCUCGACUACUGAGUUACGUGCUAACUUGGUCUGGGCUUCAAAGUCUCCAAAGCUCCCCCAGGGAGCUGCCUUGGUCCCCUGUCUUCUCACCUGCUGCAGUAAAGAGCCUGUUCUUCCAACUCACUUUGCUGACCUUAGGGAAGUUACUUAAGGUCUCUGUCCCUUGACUUUUCAUGUCUGGUUCUUACCAGGUGUUUAGUACAGUGUCUGGCCCAUAACACACACACACACACACACACACACACACACACACACGCACGCACGCACACACGCACACACGCGCACAUGCACACACACCUAGAGUGCCAGCUAACAAACGUCAACGGGCCUUUUCUUCCACAGUGAUCCAUCAUAUAGCUAGUGAUUUUUCUAAAAAUUGAUGUCUCACUACACAGUCCUAGCUGAUCUGAAAUUCAUAACGUAGACCAGCUUGGCUUGGCCUGGGACUCACAGGGAUCUGCCUGCCUCUGCCUCUGCCUUUCCUGUCCUGGGAUUAAAGGUGUGCAUCUCCAGGCACAGUUCAGGAUGCUUUCUCUUUCUCUGGUUUCUCCAAAGUGCAUUAAUCCCAGCACUCGGGUGGCAGAGGUAGGUGAAUCUCUGUGAGUUCAAAGCACGGCUGGUCUACAUAGAGAGUUCCGGGACAGCCAGGGCUAUGUAGAGAGAUCCUGCCUCAAAAAACAAAACAACAAAACAAAAACCAAACUAACAACAACAAAAACCAAAGUGUACGGCACAGAGCAAAGCCACUUUGCUGGGGACACAUUUGGAUUCCCGGCUGAGGCAGGGCUGGAAGAGCUUGUGGCUAUGCAGGAUCAGGUUUGUGUGUGUGUAAAAGGGGGUCCUGGUGGAGGACUGAGCAGGAUGAGGAGAGGUUAAUAGCUGCCUAGACAGGCCACCUGAGCUGAUGCCUCAAGAACACUCUGACAGAUCUCCAUUGUCCCCAGACAGGGACUAUUUGUCUGGGUUUUGUCUGAUGAUGCAAAGGGGUUGUUCUCACAGUUGGUGGAAAAGGGCUGAGGGUCCUGUGACCUGAGACUCAAACUUCAAAGGAAAAUGACAGCUUUGCCUGCCCUUUGAGGAGGUCGAGUUCCAAGACCUCACCCCUUCUCCUGCUAAGGAGCUUCAUUGAGUCCUUCUCCAAGCCUCCUCGGGUCCUCUCCAGGCUCCUCCUACCACUGCCUACAGUGAACCUAUGGAGCCUACAAGGACCAUGUUUAGAAACUAAGGAACCAGGAGUCCUGGGUGCCAGAAAAGUGGAGUCUGGAGAGGCCAACAGCCGAGGCUCCCUUUUGAGGGGUCUUGGGUCUGGACUCCAUUAAUUCUGGCCCUCCAUGACAGCCUUCAUGCUCACAGGCCACAGGGAGUAUGUGAUUACUGUAGGCCACGGCAGUUGUGAAGACACAGAAAAUGGGAGGCCAGGUUAAGCCGGCUGCGUACAGAACAAGGUGUUUAUACUGCAGGGAAUGAGGUUUCCAAAUCUCAAGGAAGAGCAGACAUGGGACAGAUCCAUGGCCAAGCCUCCUCUUGUUGCCAAGUCAUCUGGUAGAAUCACAGAGCCUCCCUUCAACUUUCCCUAGUCUACAUCUGCAGGUACCAAUAAGACCAUCUACAUAACCUGCAAGAAACAUGUUUAAAAAGCAAAAGAUCAGGAGCCCUGGCUGCCAGGAAUGCGGGUUCUACCCCUUACCUACUGAAGCACAGUCACAAGGGUGUCCCCUUCCCCACUCCCAGCAUCUGGCUUCUAAUACAAUCUCCAGGUUGCUCUUGGGUGUGAUGGGUUGGGUGUCACAGGUCCAGGAUACAGAUGGAGGACAGAUGCUGGGGGCCGGGGACAGUCGUUUGGACAGUUCAGCACUAUUGCAUUCGCUGUGGCUUGGCAACUCUGAGGUCUGCUUCCUGGCAACUAUCAGCAAGGGCAAACUUAACACCCAGAGCCUGCCUUCUGGGCUGUUGGCUCUGCUUAGAGGACACAAGUGGGGCCCAGUGGUUAGGAACACUGAAUGCUCUCCCAGGGGACCCAUGUUCAAUCCCAGGUAGUCUCACAGCUACCUAUAACUUCAAGAUCUGACACCCUCACCCAGACAUAAUGCAGGCAAAACAUCAAUGUACAGGAAAUAAAAAAAUAAACUAACAUUUUAGAGGACGCCAGGUGGGCUCCUAGGCCCAGAGCCUCUAUGGUUGGACUUUUGGAGUCUUGAAUAAUUCCUUGGAGGGCUGUAGCUCUUCCACCUUGGAACGUGGGAGCAUCAGGGGAAGGGGUGUCAUGCCUUGAUUUAUAAUGCCUCCUUGCAUGGAUUCUCCAAGCUGUAAAUAAAGAGGUGACAGUUGCUAAGCCA